AUGCCAUCCAACUCUAAGUCCCGACAGCGCCGACUCCGGCACUCUUGUGAUGGAUGCUCCCAGGCGAAGGUGAAAUGUUCCAAAACAAGGCCCAUUUGCUCCAGAUGCCUGGUUUGCGGCCUCGAAUGCUUUUUUUCACUCUCAAACAGAGCCGGCAGGCCAGAGUCUGCUCAAAGCGCAUCUUUCCCCGCCAAUACAGUCCGAAUGCACGUGCCCGAUAUCCCCCCAAUCAUGAACGAAGAAAGCCUCAUGUUCGGUCAGCACUUCAGUGCUGGCAUAUACAUCACUGAGCCUGUCUGGCACACCCCAAGCACCACCACCACCAAAGACACCAUGAGCAUAAAUUCUCCUGCUUACUCUGAGCUUGCCAUACCUGGCGUCAACAAUACGAACGCUAGACAUCAAGCCCCAACAGCAGACAUUUGUGGUGACGCCACAUUUUGCACUUCUUCCAUCAGCUGUUCUGCUGGGUCUGAUGCCGACAGGAUGAUAACUACAUCACAAAUGCAACCCCAGCGUGGAUACUCUCAGUCCUCGAAUGUUGCAAUAGCAACCAAUAUGAUACCAUGGGAGUCCCCAAAGCAACAGGGGACAAUCCCUUUCACAGCCAUACCACCCGUCAUCCACAUGACUGCAGCAACCUACGAUACAGGCCCCUUCAACACACCUGAUGGACAGCCCGCAGUCGAACAUGAACAGUCAUCCACAAGGGGCGGCAGUUUAUGUACGUGCUUCUCUGUUUGCCUGCAGUCACUCGAAACGCUGCACAACGCCUCGUCUCCGCAAGUCCCGCCUCUCGAUCUCGUGCUCUCCCUUAAUCGAAAAGCCGUCAUAGGAUGUGCCGCCAUUCUCUUUUGCUCGAGAUGCAUGAGUCAGCCAGAUACACACACAGCCGCUAUGCUUGUUGCCACAGUCUUUGGCGAGAUUAUAAGUUUAUAUCAAAACGCUAGUUACAUAUACUUCGAGAACGAAACGGCGUUGAAGGUCACUCAGGUCAGCUCCGAAGGCCAUCUCGGCGUCAGUCUCGGUGCGUAUAAGCUGGGCGAUGAGGAUGGCAAAUGGCUCGAGAUGGAAAUCCUGAAUCUUGAGUUUCAAAAGCUGCAAGCGAUCUACAGGCAUUUUCGAAACAUCUACGCUGAUCUCUCCAACGAUCCUCAAGUCAGCAAGACCAUGAUUGAUUAUCUCGAUCAUAAGCUCAGCAUCGCACUUGAGGUCAUCAACUGUCAGAGAAGGAGUAUGAGGCCGCUGAACUGUGCGAAGCGCACAUCCGCGCUUCCCCGCUUCUCGCAAUCUCUGAAGUUCAGCGGCAUCGUGACGAAGGAAGCAUAG